AGUCGAGCGACGCUGGCGCUCUGCAUACGAUCGUUAGCUUUAUUUCUUCACCAUGAGACAUUGUAUACCCACCCUUGUGCUUGGCAUCUUUGCACUUUGCGCCGUCUCCAUUCCUCAGUCUGGACAUGACAGCCAAUCCAUAAUCCUAUCUCAUGAGGCCCUCGUUAAGAUAGCAAAGGAAACCGACUCUUGCAAAGGCGCGAAAUUCCCCGAAGAAUGUGCAGAUGCCACACGAGCAGCAAAAGCUAUCAACACGGCCUUUGAAAGAUAUGGGAUCUCCUCACUCGGCGAAAAAGCUGCCCUAGUGGCCUACAUGCUUUUCGAGUCAGGUAACUUCAAGUACAACAGAAACCACUAUCCAGGAAUUCCAGGUCAGGGCACUAGAAUGAUGGCGAUGCCAUCUUUCGUCAAGUCCUAUGCGGAAAGCGUCGCUGGCGCCGACGCUGUCGCAAAGGCCGAAGCCGCUGGAGGCGACGCGGGUUUGGAUGCGGUACUUGAUCUGGCUAAUUGCAACGACGAAAAAAGUUUUGGAAGUGCAGCAUGGUUUCUUAGCACGCAGUGCACCGCUUCUGUUCGAUCUGGGCUGACUACAAGAGGGAUGGACGGAUGGCAUGAUUUUUUAACAGCAUGCGUGGGCACCACUGUAACAACAGAACGUGACGAGGGAUGGCUAGCUACAAUGCAGGUCAUGGCUAGCGAGAAAUGAAGAAGAAACCUAGAAAGAUUCCAUAGUAAUGUGCAUUCCUUCGUACCAGAACAACCGGUGUAAUUAGUAGAAUAUUAUUUCUUAAGCAAGUAGAUAGGAGGCGGGAUAAUACAUAC